AUGCCAUUUGGAGCAGCAGAUGCAGAGUCAAUUGCGCGGGCGCUCAAAAUUUUGGAGCCUUACACCAAGGGUGCCAAGGCGUGGUUCGAAGACGGCGACGAGGCAUGGGUGAAGGGCACUCUGAUCCAGCGGGCUGAUGACGAAUCCGUGGGCAUAGCGCGCCUGAUCUUUGUUAGGGACGACUUGGUGACAUCGACGACUGCCCAUCUUGUGGCCCAGGCUGGCUCACACACGCUUACCACGUCGUCAAUGGGCCUCACGAACUGUGGAGCCAGGUGCCGACGGGGAGCUGCUUCCGCCCCUUUGCAAUCCCCGAUUCUCGACUGCACGCCGGAUCUCACCACGCUCAGCUAUCUGCACGAGCCAGCAGUGCUGUACAACCUGAAGCGGCGCUACGAGCAGCACCUGAUAUACACGUACUCGGGCGUCGUCCUGGUGGCAAUGAAUCCCUUCCACUCUGUGUCCCUGUACACGCCCGAGUACAUGGCGCAGUACGCGCGCAGCAAGCAGGUGUCUGGGCACAGCGGGGAGCCCCAUCUGUUUGCCAUUGCGGAGGACGCCUACCGUGGCAUGGUCAACGACCGGCGCAACCAGACAAUUAUUGUUUACGGCGAGUCCGGGUCGGGAAAGACGACCAGUGCCAAGUAUAUCAUGCGUUAUUUUGCGCAGGCGCAUCACGCAGACACAAACGACAAGCAGAUGUCGACGGUUGAGAGCCAGAUUCUUGCAACCAAUCCGGUGUUUGAGUCCUUUGGUAACGCCAAAACCACGCGCAACGACAACUCGUCGAGAUUCGGCAAGUUUUUGGACAUCAAGUUUGAGCGCAAGCAGCAGAAGAUUGUCGGUGGACGCAUACGCACGUUUUUGCUCGAGCGCUCGCGCGUGGCCCGGCGCGUCGCCGAAGCAGCGGAGGAGUUUCAUAUCGGGGGCGAGCACGCCUCCUGGCAGGCCUUCCACUACACGCGGCAGGGCGGCGAGGGCAGCGGUGUGAUUGCCGGCGUGAACGAUGCCGAUGACUUUGGCGAAACCGACGCGUCUCUGGAGAUGGUCGGUAUAGACGCAAGCAGCGCAGCGACAUUUGGCGAACGCUCGCUGGCAUCUUGCAUCUGGGCAACGUGGGUUUGCUGGCACCGAUUGAUGGGUGUGAGCGAGGCCAAGCUCAGGCAGUGGCUGACGAAGCGACAGAUUGUCACUCGACACGACAAUAUUCUAGCCAAGGUCAACAAGGCGCAGGCGCUGGUAAUCCGCGACUCGAUUGCAAAGUUUGUAUAUUCGCGACUAUUCGAUUGGAUCUUGGGGCCGAUCAACAAGUCAAUUCUGCCGACUGAGGUUGACGAGCGACUGACACUGUUUGUCGGCGUUCUGGAUAUCUACGGCUUCGAGCACUUUGUGCACAACUCGUUUGAGCAGUUCUGCAUCAACUACGCCAAUGAGAAGCUGCAGCAGAACUUUAACCACCACGUGUUCAAGCUUGAGCAGGAGGAGUACAAGCGCGAGCAGCUGAAGAACUGGACGUUCAUCGGGUUCCAGGACAACCAGCCGUGCAUUGAUCUGAUCGAGGGGCGCAUGGGAAUCUUGGCGCUGCUGGACGAGGAGAGCCGGCUCGAGCAGGGCUCGGACCGCACGUUUACCGAAAAGCUCUACCGCCAAUUUGAUUUGGCAGCACCGAACGGAGGCAGCGCAAUUCCAUCACCGACGGCAGCGACAGCAGCAUCGUGCGAGAUUGCCAACUACUUCCGCAAGCCACGGUUCUCAAAUACAGCGUUCACGGUCAAGCACUAUGCGCACGACGUGACAUAUGAGGGCGACGGUUUCUUGGAAAAGAACAAAGACACCGUUCCAGAUGAAAUUUUGGACCUGCUCUGCUCGAGCUCCUUUGAGCUGGUGGCCAGCCUGGCAGCCGGCACGUCUACAAACGCAAACGCGACAGCGGUUCCUAGCGCAGCAUCGGCACUGAGCGGAGCCAGUCCGCGACCCAUGGCGGGAGUGGUGGCAGCAGGCAUUGCAAACUUGGAGUCUGGGCGCAACUCCCCUGUCGUAAGGCCAGCCAGCCCGGCACUGGGGCCAUCGGCCCGCGGGCGCAAUGGCAACGGACUCCAGCGGCGCCAGGCGCCCACGCUCGCCGGCGUCUUCAAGCGGUCGCUGACGGGGCUGAUGGUGACUCUGGCCGAGACCGAGAUGCACUAUAUCCGGUGUAUCAAGCCAAACGAGGCCAAAAAGGCAUGGGAGUUUCAGGCACCCAUGGUCCUGUCGCAGCUGCGCUCAUGCGGAGUCAUCGAGACAUUCGCAUCAGCAAGGCCGGGCGCAUUCCAGAUCGGUCUGACCAAGGUGUUUUUCCGCGCCGGGCAAUGGGCAAUCAUGGAGAAGAAGCGCUCGGCGCUGUUUGAAAAGUCCGCCAUGGUCAUCCAGCGCUUCUGCCGUGGCGCCCUCAUUCGCCGCAGCUACCGCGAGAUGAACGCUGCUGCAACGAAGAUCCAGCGCUGGUACCGCAAGCACCUGUUUACCACGCAGGUUGAGAACUUCCGCCGGCGCCACGCUGUGCGUGUCAUUGAGCGACGCUGGAUCGAGCUCUGCCAGCACAGGAAAUUCGUGAAGAAGGCCCAAAAUGCCCAGCGCAUUCAGGCGCUGUGCCGCGGUUUUCUGACGCGCAAGCGCUUCAACCGCAUGAUUGAGAUGCACCAUAUGGAGGAGACAGCCAGGCUGCGCGAUGAAGCUGAACGCGCGCGCCAGGCGGUCGACAAGGAGCGGAUGCGUGCAGAGCAGGCGAGACGCGGUGCUGAUAAUGAGAAGAUCCGUGCUUCCACCCAAGCAGCCCGCUCCAAGGCGCAAAUGGCAGCGGCCGAGCAGAUUCCCACGGCGCUGGGAUCCUACGCCGACAUGCGUCGCAUCAGCACGCAAUCCAACGAGGCCACGCGGAGACGCACAGCGGAGGCACGAGCCAGCUUGAUUGCCGCGGCUACGGCCGGACGGAACGCCGAGGCGGAGCUUGUGCGCCAGCAGCCGAGUAAUGGGAGCAACUACAGCAUGUACAGCUCGACCGCUUGCUCCCCAUCAUACAACGGUGCUCAGCAGCGGAAUGCGUUUGGCUUCCAGGACGGUGCCAAUAUAUCCCAGCAGCUGCAGCAGAUUCCCGAGGGCAUGUCUCCCCAUGUUAGCAAGCAUAGGCACCAGGACUCGCUGACGGUCGGCGACGAUAUCUUUUCCAUUAUCAACGAGAUGAGCCCUGUUUCAGACAGCCGCUAUGGCGAGGUGGCCUCGCGUCUGCAGGGCCAAAGGGAGCUGACAAAGCCGACUCACCCACCGUCGCGCUAUCCAGCUAGCAUUUCGCCGCCACCAACUGUCGACUACUCGGUGCCGCCCAACAGCAACGGCAGCGAGAACAACAAGCACGCCAAUGUCCAAGGGUACCGCAGGUCGGUCAUAGUAUCCAAUGACUCGCAGAACCUUAUCCAGCAGCAGCAACAGCGUGAUGUUAGUAGUUAUCCUGACGGCAUGCCAGUGACCCCGAGGAGCCGUGCAGCGAGCAGGCUGGCGGAGCAGUCCCAGAAUCGCCGCUCCUGGCUGAUGGAUGCCCUCAAGUCGUCGCAUAACAGCCCGACCGCCUUUGUCGCUGCCGCCGCCAUUGCCACCGUAGUUGUUGUUGACCAUGGAGACAUGACACUGCCGGCCAGUUCGACGCACGAGUCGCCUGCGUCGGCUGCCGAGGAGGCAACGCCAGGCAGUUUCCGCCGGAAAAACAUCCCAGUGAUCCGCGAGUUAUCCAGCCAGCGCAACUCCCAAAUACUCACUCCACAGCAGCAGGAACAGCAGGAAGUAGCGUUGACAGCAGCCUUGGGUCUGCUGAAAAAGCGCGAAUCGCAAGAGAGUUUGAAAAAGGCCACUACGCUGGUGUCGGGGAUAUAG